AUGGCUUCCUACAAAUUGGGACCCCAAUUUCCUCCAUGGCUUCAAACACAGAAACAUGUUGAAACCUUGGUAAUUUCCAAUGCAAACAUCUCAAAUAUCGUCCCUGACUGGUUUAGGAAUUUGUAUUCUCGUAUUAACCUCUUAGAUAUAUCUCACAACCAGAUUUGUGGAAAGUUGCCCAAGUUUCAAGAAUCUAAUGUUACUGUUACACAGAUAUUUUUGAAUUCCAAAAAGUUUGAGGGCCCCCUAACACCAUUUCUUUCACAUGUCACUGAAUUAGAUUUUUCCGACAACUUACUUUCAAGUGAUUUUCCUCUCGUUGAUGAUAAUAUUUAUAAGAGCUUUAUGUUUCUUAAACUCUCAAAUAACAAUUUGACUGGUGAUAUUCCAAAGUACAUAUGCGAGAUGAGGGAUCUGCAAAUACUUGAUCUAUCAAAAAAUAAAUUAUCAGGAACACUCCCUUGGUGCAAUGGGAAAUUGCAGGAAUUGUGUGUGCUUGAUCUGAAAAAUAACAAUCUAGUCGGUGAUAUUCCAAGUUCUUUGGGUUCUUUAACACUGCUCAAUUCUUUGCACUUGCGCAACAACAUGCUUCAUGGGAAGAUCCCUUCGUCUUUGCAGAAUUUGAAAUAUCUGCGCAUUCUUGAUCUAGAUAUUUCAAACAAUCAGAUAGUUGGAGAGAUUCCUGAAGAGUUGAUGGAUCUUACUGGAUUGCUGAGUUUCAACGCAUCCAAAAGUCAUCUAAAUGGAAGGAUCCCAAAGAAGAUUGGAAACAUGAAAACUUUGGAAUCACCUGAUUUGUCCAGAAACAAACUUUCUGGUUCAAUCCCUCCAAGCUUGUCGAGUUGCCAUGGUGAUACUUCGUCUGAUAUUGGUCAUCAUGAUCCGCAUGUUCCUAAGAGUAAUGAUGAAGAAGAUGAGUCGGAACGUCUGGCAUUCUAUACUGCCAUUGGACCGGGUUUCUUGGUUGGCUUCUUGGCAAUUUGUGGCAUUUUGCAUUUCAAAAAGUCUUGGAGGUAUGCGUGGUUUCAGUUUGUGGAGAAUACUUACAACAACCUACUGGUGGCAGUUAUAGUGAAGGCAGGUUGGGUGCGGAGAAAGUUCCACAAAGAUGAAAUGGGAGGAUAA